UCGAGAUAUUACAAUAACAAUCAUGUCGGUGAUUACAAUGUCCGUUUCCUUUCUUUCCUCUCUAGAAAAAUCAAUUGCAGAAGAAACUAAACCAGCCAUCUCCCAUGGCGAAUUCCCACCUUACUCCUCGCGUAUCAGUUCAUCAAGUUCUUGGUGGUGGCAUGGUUGCCGAUGUGCUGUUGUGGAGAAACUCAUGCAGCGGAGCUUUGAUGCUGCUGUCCUCAUCAACGAUGCUGUGGUACCUUUUCGAAAGAGCAGGUUAUAAUUUCUUGUCUUUCGUGGCCAAUGUACUAUUGCUCCUUCUUGUUAUUCUCUUCCUCUGGGCCAAAUCUGCUUCCCUUCUCAACAGACCUUUACCGACCCUUCCUGAUUUAGAGAUCUCUGAGCAGACUGUUGGAGUGGUUGCUGAUGAAUUACACCUAUGGAUCAAUCAUACAUUAGCUAUUGCACAUGAUAUUGCAAUCGGUAGAGAUUUGAAAUCUUUUCUUAAGGUCGCUGUCGGCUUGUGGUUGGUGUCAUACAUCGGUACUCUCUUCAAGUUCCUCACUCUGGUCUAUAUCGGAGUUAUUCUUAGUCUAUCGGUUCCGGUGGUAUAUGAUAAGUACCAGCACUUCAUCGACGAGAAGCUUCAUGCAACACACAGAAUCAUUCAAAAGCAAUAUAUGAAAAUCGAUGAGUCGGUAUUAAGGAAGAUCCCUUUGCCCUCAAACACGGAAUAGAAGAUGCAAUAGGGGUAUUCAGUGGUUAGGUGUUACUGGGGUGGCACGAGAUUCGGUUUUUGGACGGUGUUCGAGUUAUCGAUCUUUAGGAGUUGAACCAACCUUGAUAAUUUAUACUCCUGGGAAGAUGUAAACUUCUUGUUGAUGUGUUUUUACAUGUUUAUUUGGGUGUAAACAAAGAUUUCUCCA